AUGGAACCAUCUUCGGAGCAAUCUUCUGCAUCGCCACCACCAACCGACCAAAAGGUUGCUACUGCUGCUGAUCGGGACAAUGAACAAGAGAAUAAAAGCGGAUGGGGUUGGGGAAGCGGUUGGCUUUCUUCAACCAUCGGUAAUGUGGUUCGAGUCAUGAACCAACAAACCAAUGAAUUCGGACAAAAACUGCAACAAUUAGUUGCUGAACAAGACGAUGAUUCAUCCACAACAACACAGACCACAGAGCCACCAUCUUCAUCGACUCCUCCCAAUGAUGAAUUAGAUGAAGAGAAUGGGCAAGUCAAUGACAAUGGUGGAGCAGCAAAUGCAUCGUCUCUCAUCGAAGAAACUGAAAAAACGAUUGAAAACUCUCUUAAAACUGCAGAGCAAAAACUCAAAUCUCUUUUCACUUCCUUUUAUAAUGAAACAUCUCAAUUAGUGGAUGAAACAGCAGAGCUGAAAUAUGUAAAAGGAUGGGCAUCGUCUUUUGGAAAAAGUGUUUUGCAUACUCUCGAAGAAGCAAGUAGAAUUCUGUAUGAUACUGAGGAGAACGAUGAUGGUAUCCAUAUCUAUGUCAACUUUAAAGAAUUAUUUAUCGAAUAUGAAGGAUUGAAACAUUUACAAGAAGUGGCCUCUCUCUCCAAACAGUGUAAUGAAGAAUUAGCCAAGUAUAUGGAAAAUAGAACCGACGAACAACGUGACAGAAUUGAAAAACUUUUGCGUGAAUUAAAAGACAUUCUUAUUGACUCAACACAAUUCAGUACAAAGGAAGUGGAAGAAAAGAAAGACUCUUAUCAAUACAUUGCGUCACUUCCUGUUGGAAAGGAAAUUUUAGAAAUGACCAAGGCAUGUAUUGAACUGUCAAAGAAUGCCUUUAGUAAUUUGGAGGAUGUCAAAGCGGAGUGUUAUAGGUCCCUUGCUAAAUUAGCGUCAUUGGCUUCAUUACAUAUUCUAAACUUGUCACAGUAUCUGAUCGAUGUAAAUAACGGUGGAAAUCUUCCUGCACAAUGGCAAUCAACAGAUCUAAAUGUCACCAAAGAUGCUAAACAAGUUGCUAUCAUUCUUAGAGAUUAUUUACUCUUUUUAUAUUCUCAACUCAUUGAGAUCAGCAAUCAAUAUACUGAAGCCUUAAAGAAAAACACAUCGAUCGUUGGAAUUAAAUUAGACGAGCAACGAAAAGAAACUCUUGAAAAACGAGCGGUAAACAUGGCAGCUCGCUUACAUAUUCAUAGUGAUAAGGCUCUUUCCAUCAUUAUUAGCUGUGACAAGGACUUUCUUGUCAUUCUUCAAUAUCUUGGUGUCAUUUGGACUGAAUAG